AAAAGAAAAAAGAAAAAAAAUGAAUUCGGUGGUUUUGCUUUAAAACAAAGCCUUGUACAGUUUGCAGAUGGUGAGAGAGAAUUGAAUUUUUAAAAACAGUUUCCGAAAAGUUAUUUUUGAAAAACACUUUUUUUUUUUUUUUUUUAAAUCAGAAAUAAAAUUUUAAGCGCUUGACUGAAAAAAAAAAAAAAAACAAAAAAAAAAAACAAAACAAAACAGUGAAUUCGGUGGUUUUGAUUUAAAACAAAGUCCUGUACAGUUUGUGGUUGGCGUUCCAAAAAAAAAAAAAAAGAAAAAAAGUGUUUUGGGGAAAGAGAAGAAGUCGUAAAAAUUGGAGGGAGAUGAUCUAUCUAUCAAAGUGCUAAAUCGCUGUUCUCAAGCUGCGUCAAUGAAUUUGGAUUUGAAAGGUGUUGGACUUUUUCAGCCGGAGGGACUUCUAGGCUCAUAUAUAUACUGGACUCUGAAUAGGGGAUGUGUAGCUAUGGAGGGUUUUCUAGGGUUCAUCCAGAGGUAAAGGAGGGAAGGAAAUGGAGAAUUGUUUGAAAGCUUAACAGUUUUCUUUUUAACACUGAUAUUAAAUUGGGGGAAGUAGGGUUAUCAAAUUGGGUAUUACAAACCUCAACAAGAAAUUCUCACGAGAGAAGGUCCUUAGCAGAUUCAAAGCACUGGAGCUGUAUACUUUUUGAUGGAUGAUCAUGGGCUUGCAUAACUUGCCAUUUGAAGUUGGCGAUGAGGUAGAAUCAAGAUCGUUCAUUCAAGGUUUUCGUGGUGCAUGGUUCAGGUGCAAGAUACAUGACAUUGGCUGGAGAUUAAAUCAGCUGGCACAUAAGUUGGAGUAUGCUGACUUUCCAGAUGAAAAAAAAACCUGGAUAAAAUUAUAUCAGAGGCCCCCAGGUAUUAGUUCAAGGUCAAGGAAGACAAAGCUGCCACUGAUGGUGCGCCCCUCCUUUCCUACUAUCUGCCACAAAAGUGAAAUGCCUGACAUUAAUACAAUCAAAGAAGUGGUAGUUAUCAUUGCUGAUAGUUGGAAGGUGGGAGAUUUAGUAGAUUGGUGGUUUGAUUCUUGCUAUUGGUCAGGAAAAAUAAUUGAAAUAUUGGGGGAUGAGAAGGUUAAGAUAGAGUUGCUACCUCCUCCUGCUGGUGAAGGAUCAACGUAUGAUGUUUUCUGCAAGGACCUGCGCCCAUCCUUGGAUUGGUCUCCUGAAUAUGGUUGGACAGUUCCUACUCCUAUGGAGAGUGAUAAUGGUCAUUCUUGUGCUCAGAUAAUUAAGCCUGUCAAUCAAGUUGCAGUUGUUACUCCAAGCAUGGCUUUGGCCACUAUGCAUGAAGGUGAAAGAAAUGGUGUUCAGCCUACAGCUCAAGCAUCACAAUAUCCUUAUAGACAGGGAGCACAACCUUUAGGUGCUAUGGCAGCUGUGGAAAUGCAGACACCAGGGCCGAAUAUGGAAUCUAGCAUGGCCGAUGAUAGUGGCAUUGGGAAAACCAGUUGCUCUGAUAGUGGUUCAAGUUCACAUUUUAUAGAUUCAUGGACUGAAAUAAGUGGAACUACAGAUGGCCAAGACAGAUUAGAUAAUGAUGGGUCCUUAGAGAAGAAGAGAGUUGAUGAAAACAUGUCUCUAAAUUUAAUGUGCACUGAUACUAUAGAAGUUGCAAUUUUGGACUUGGAGGAACUUCUAAGCCGGGUUAAGUGGAUAAAGAGUCUUUUGGGGAUUGGAGUGCCUUUAUCAAAUUCUAGGAGACCUCCGUGGAAAUUCCUGGAACACCGUGCCUCAUCUACACCAAAAUGAGCUUUUUCAUAAUCAUUUGUAAUUCAGGUUUGAUGCCGAAGGAUAGAAUUUGAUUUAUGACAAGCAAGGAGCAUCUCAUCUCUGCUUAUUCUUUGAUUCUUUAUCAAACACCAGUUGGAUGGACCAAGUACAUAGAAUGGGAGAGUAAUCAAGGAGCAGACUGUUGAUUUUGAUUAAAGAAGGAUUCUUUUCAAACUUGAAACCUAAUUUUAAAAGCCAACGAAGGAAUUUCUUCACUAUAAUGUAAUUUCUGCUGGCAAUUGGGUAAUUCUAAUCGAAUCUUGAGCUUUUUUGUUUUGGGACAUCGUUCCAUUGUGCUGACUUAAGCUCACAUUUGAAAGUUUUGCAAGGUAAAAUUGUUUGCGAAACUGGUUUUGUUUUCUUAUUAUAUAUAUAUAUAUAUAUACUGUUUUGGGACUCAAAAACCUCGUUACAUUGUGCUGACUUAAGCUCAUAUUUGAAAGUUUUGCUAGAUAAAA